CCAGGAGGAACUUGAUGAAAUGUAGUCACAUUAAAGAAAAAGAAGCGUGUCCAACUUUUUCCACCUUCUCAGAGUGGGCUUCAUGACCUCUGUCCAGACUGGGGAGUUCCCCUUGUUUCCUGUGGGACACCCCUGUCCUUCCCUGCAGGACUCUGUAACCCUGACCAGAAGGACUCUGCUCCCUACCAGUCGCUGAAGAUCCACCAUCUUCUCUCAGCUCACAGCCAGCCCUGUAUGUGUGGCAACACUCUGAGCCAGAGUGAAUGUGGCUUACAAUGUCCUGCCCUGACCGCAGCUAGGAAGAAGGCGAACUGAAAAAUGGUCCACAGUGAAGAACGCUGACUGCUCAUGCAGAGGACCUGAGUGUGCCUCCCAGCACCCAUGUCAGGCGGCUCACAACUGCCUGCAACCCCAGCUCCAGGGAAGCUGAUGCUCUCUGGCCUCUCUGGGCACCUGUGCACACAUGGCACACGUGCAUAUGCAUAAAUGAAAUAAAAAAGGGGGAAAAAUAAAAAUAAAAAAGGGGGAAAAAACCCCAGAAUGGAGAUCUCCUGGAGUCUGGAGGACUUUUCCGAGGGAGAAUUAGGCGCCUUUCUCUCUUCUGGGUGCCGGGGACAGAACUGGACAUUGAACAUACAAGGAGAGUAUUCUGCACUGAGCUGCACCCUAGCCCUGGGCUCUGACUCUCUCCUGUCAUUACACUACUGGCCAGAGCAGUAAGGGGGCAGCAGCAGCUCAGACUCACUGGAGGGCCAGAGCUGCGACUAUGCCAGCAAGAGCUACGAUGCUGUCGUCUUCGACGUUCUCAAAGUGACUCCUGAGGAGUUUGCCAGUCAGAUCACAUUGAUGGACAUCCCCGUGUUCAAAGCCAUCCAGCCUGAGGAAUUGGCCAGCUGCGGAUGGAGUAAAAAGGAGAAACACAGUCUUGCCCCCAACGUUGUGGCCUUUACUCGGAGGUUCAACCAGGUCAGUUUUUGGGUCGUACGAGAAAUUCUAACAGCACAGACUUUAAAAAUAAGGGCAGAAAUCCUGAGCCAUUUUGUGAAAAUAGCCAAGAAACUUCUAGAACUCAACAACCUUCAUUCUCUCAUGUCUGUGGUGUCAGCAUUACAAAGUGCUCCCAUCUUCAGGCUGACAAAAACCUGGGCUCUUUUGAAUCGAAAAGACAAGACCACUUUUGAGAAACUGGACUACCUGAUGUCCAAAGAAGACAACUACAAGAGAACUCGGGAUUACAUCCGAAGUCUGAAGAUGGUGCCCAGCAUUCCCUAUCUAGGAAUCUACCUUCUGGACUUGAUCUACAUUGAUUCUGCAUACCCUGCCUCUGGCAGCAUCAUGGAAAACGAACAAAGAUCCAACCAGAUGAACAACAUCCUCCGAAUCAUUGCCGAUUUACAAGUUUCCUGCAGCUAUGAUCACCUCACUACCCUGCCACAUGUGCAAAAGUACCUGAAGUCUGUGAGAUACAUUGAAGAGCUCCAGAAGUUUGUAGAAGACGAUAAUUACAAGUUGUCACUCAGAAUUGAACCAGGAAGCAGCUCUCCAAGACUAGUCUCUUCCAAGGAAGAUCUUGCAGGCCCCUCUGCUGGCUCCACCUCAGCCAGGUUCCGCCGGAGGCCCACCUGUCCAGAUGCAUCUGUGGCCGGCAGCCUCCCCACACCACCAGUCCCCAGACACAGGAAGAGCCACAGCCUGGGCAACAAUCUGAUGUGUCAGUUGAGUGUAGUUGAAAGUAAGAGUGCGACAUUCCCAUCGGAGAAGGCCAGGCACCUGCUGGAUGACAGUGUCCUAGAGUCCCGCAGCCCCCGCAGGGGCCUCACCCACACCUCUUCCACCGCCAUCACCAACGGACUCUCCCUAGGCAGUAGUGAGAGCUCAGAGUUUAGUGAAGAAGUGUCUGCAGGGCUGGAAAGCAGGGGACGUCUUUAUGCCACGCUGGGGCCUAACUGGCGGGUUCCAGUUCGGAAUUCUCCCAGAACUCGGAGCUGUGUCUACAGCCCCACAAGCCCUUGCACCUGUACUGUGGGAAGCUCAGCCACUGUGCCCACUAUGGAGGGGCCUCUGAAACGGAAAACCCUGCUCAAGGAAGGCCGGAAGCCUGCACUGUCCUCGUGGACCAGGUACUGGGUUGUACUCUCAGGAUCCACCCUCCUUUACUUUGGAGCCAAGUCCUUGCGGGGCACAGACAGAAAACAUUAUAAAUCUACACCUGGCAAGAAGGUCUCCAUCGUAGGCUGGAUGGUGCAGCUGCCUGAUGACCCCGAGCACCCAGAUAUCUUCCAGCUGAAUAACCCUGACAAAGGCAAUGUUUACAAGUUCCAGACGGGCUCCCGUUUUCAUGCGAUACUAUGGCACAAGCAUUUGGAUGAUGCGUGUAAAAGCAACAGGCCUCAGGUACCUGCAAACCUUAUGUCAUUUGAAUGAGUAUCUGCAGGACUUGGCGUGACUGCAAAGGCUUCUGAGAGCCUAGACUAGGUCGGGUGGAGGAGAGCAGCUCUGGGCAUAAGCUGUAGGCCAAGGCAUUGGAGCCUCAUAGCUGGACUCGAGGAAUAUGGCCGUGGCCUCAGAGUCCUAGAUGGCUCCCCAGUGUGAGAUCCACCUGUCAACCCACAGCAACUCUCAUGAAUCAUCCUGCAGCAGCACCCUACCGGGUGGUUGGCAAACCCCAAACUGCGCACCCUAUGCCCCCUCUCUGGGCCAUCGUCUGUCCACCAGCUGCUUCUGCAUCAGGGGAGCAUUUGACCCAUGUUGGGUUCUCCAUGCUUUCUGCUGCACACAGAGUGGAUGGCGUUAAUCUUCAAGAGGGCUGGAGAGCAGAGAUGGGCUGCUGGACAGGCUUGUUACACCCCAAGUGCACAGGCCACUCACCCACAGGGCCACCUCAGAUUUUGUAUAUCCCCAAAGUAUCCUCUGUGUGUGUGCAGUACAUGUAUGAGUGAGUGAGUGAGUGUGAACUCUCUGAGAAACAUACAUUUUGGCACAAGACCUGUAACAUCACACACUUGUUGGUUUUGAGUCCCUGCUUGAAGCUUUAGUUACAGCCUUGCCCUCUAAGAAAAGUCUGAAGGGAGUCCAGAAGUUCUGUGUUAAGGGUCCCUUGAGUUCUUUUACUGUAAAUGAACAAUGCCUUAAAUCGUGUCUUGUUUUCUGUUCCUAUGGGUGCUAUUCAUCUGGAUGGCCUGUUCCCUCGACCCUAGGCCCUCUGGGGUCUUGUCAGCCUGCAUGAGGCAGAUUCAGGACCGUGUACUGGGCACUGGCCUGCUUGCUCCCUACCAUGAGCUUUCCUUAUCUCGCCCACUCCUGCCAUGCUGGUGUGGCAAGCUGGGACCUUUUCUCCCAGCAGCUUGGAGGCCCCCACAGUGAUCGGUGGUCAGAAGCUAUGCCACCCCUCAUUCUCCCACAGGGCAGAAUUGUGCUCCCUUUUUCUCACCAUUGCCACCACUGCCAGGGCCGGCCACACUGAUUCCUGAUCACACAGGGAGCUGAGUGACACGGAGGCCUUAAGUCCCCUCAGUCUUGCCCCUGAAUGUAGUCACCAGCAAGUUCUCAUCCAAGUCCAAGGGCCCAGCUGUUGAUGACCAGGUGACAGGAGAGCCGAACCCUAGGGAGUAAGAUGCCCAGCCUCUGCAUUCAUGAACAAGGGCUGUCUGUCACCUGUUGUCAUAAGUGAGGUGAUUUCCACUUUGCACAUUGUAAUUCAAGUGUAUUGCCCUUUCUCAUCACUGAUGCUCUCUGCCCUUCUUCCUCUUCCUCCUUGAAUCUGGGUACCCUAGCCCUGAGAAGACCACCCUCAGUUUUCUGGAAAAGGCUGAAUUUCUGGGUCCCUGUGGGUAUCAUAGUUUUAUACAGUGACCCAGUCAUGAAACUGUCCCAACAAUAAUGGAGAAGCUGCAGACAACACCAUAACCAUGAACUUACCACCAAAAAGCACUGCAUUACAAACAAAUGGUGACAUGUCUCUAAAAUCAUGAAUGACUUGGUGGGGCUAUUAGUUGUCAUCAUGGUGGUAUGUUUUGGUCAAGCCUUGCUGUACUCUGAAGCUAGCCUUCCUGUGGGCAUAGCCUGGAUAUUUUCAUGCCGACAAACCUUGACCACAGCUGCCUUGCACAUCCACCCCCACCAGUGGUCCAGCUCUGUGCACCGGCUGUAUGCACUGGAUUCUACCCACAUUGCUCCAGUUAGAAUCCAGAAGAUGGACGACAGUGUCAGAUACUGCAGGCACCUCCAGAACCAUGCCACUUUAACCUAUAUCAACUCCGAGUCUGCCUGCCUGCCUGCCUAUUCCUAGAAAGCCAGAAUAUCAGCUGCUAGUUUCCUUUAGGUGUCUGCUCUUGAGCUCAUUUUUGGGUUCUCAUAUGUGCAAUGUCAGACAUCAAAAGCCCCAGAACUUCUGUCCCACUCAGAUAACUUUCUGCCCUUUACAGAUUUGUCUUACGAGACACAGUGUUUUCUUCCAGGCCUAAUCUGAAAGAGUACAAUCACAAUUAUUUUCAAAGCAUUUAAUCUUCUCCCUAAUUGAAAUGAACUCCCCUCCCACAAGCAUCCUUACCAUGGACCCUUGGAGACAACCGCUUGGACUUUAUUAGUGAAAAGCCUUGGAGGGCUCUGGAGAGCCUUGAAGGUAGCAGGAGAGCUCUGUAGAUGGAAUUAAAAGAUAUUUGGCUCUCCAAGCACGGGCUUAGGCCAAGUGCUGGCUUGUCACACAAAGCUGUAGGGGAGGUGGCCAGGUCAUGUGACAGAGGCAGAAGUCCUUUGGUAGACUCUUAGCUUGGAAGGAAGCUGUUCUGUACUUUUGCUCCACUGUCCAUAGUACACAGAUACUGUGAAACUGUUGGAGAUAAACCAUGGCACCCCAAACUGAGAGCUGUAGAAUGCCGUUUAGAAACUGGGAUGGGCAGCUGGUAGAAUUAUGAAGUCCCAAGAAACACCUGCUCACUCAUAAUAGGAGAAACCUCUGUCCCUCUCCAGUGUACAAGUUUUGUAACUCAAGGUCAGCCAAGUAAGUAUAUGUUGGCAAGCAAGAUAGCUUGUGAAGACUGGACUUGUUGGGAAGCAGCAGAAACACUCCUACACGAGCCAGCAGCAGAGUUUGGCCCUUCCCCUCCUCUGACCAGAUGCCCCAGGGCACUUGUUGGAUCAAUUUGCUGAGCAGGUAGACACAUCUGUGUCUUGCCAGCAGGCUCUCUGUAUUUCUCCUUCUUACCAAGAUGGCCAGUGUUUCUCCCAUCAGUUUACUCUUGCCUCUUGAGCCUAAGGAAAUUGUGCCGUUUUUUGUUUGUUUGUUUUAUUGCUUAUUUUUUAAUAUCAAUUUUCAGAUGGAAAAUGAUCUAUAAAACUGGGAAGCCAUUUAUAAGCCAAGACUGCUUUAAUUUGCACAUGGGAUCCAGAACUUUGCAACCUCUAUUGAAUAUUGCCAAAAGCACACCUCUUCUUUUGUGUGACCCUUAAACUGGCCCUGUGUCAUGUUGAUAUGUUGGGUGAUUUCAUGUUAUAAAACAAACAAAAAAGCCCACCCUGUGCAAAGCCCCUUUUGAAAGUGUAUUUAUUGCAUAAACAUUCAUAUCUCAAGUGAGUAUUUCUUAUACACCACGCUCUACCCAGACUGAAAAUGGCUAGAAACAAGACAAAUCCAAUUUUGGCCUCUGUAGAACUUACCCAAUCAGUGAUCAAAUAAUCACCACCUCAUACACCAACUUUGGCAAGACCCUGUCUUUCCCCUCCACCUGAAUACAAAUCUUGUGCAUUGGUUCUCCCAGGAAGAAUUCAGAUUGAAUGGGAAUGUUGGGAGAGUAAGCUGCAUUGAGUAAGUAGCUGGAAUCCCAACAGGGGAGGCUGGCUGCCUCUGAGUAGCCAGAUACAGAUCUGUGUUCAAGAAUGGUUACAGGGAGGAUGCCAAAGGCAGGAUGAGAGAGUAGGGUCUGAAUGCUUGCUGUAUGCACAGCCCCCACCCCCAUUUACAAUGUAACUUCAGUGUUAACAUUCAGUUACAGUAUGAGUGGGAGCUGCGUGUCCCUGGGAGCCAAGGACUUGGACUAUGGUCCACCUUGUAACCUGCUGCUGCACAAGUGUGUGUCCUGUGGACAGCCCCAAAGUGCCACUCACAGCUGCAAGGUGAUAGGUCAUCUGCCAUUUUGGAAGGACUGUGACCAUUCAGUAAUAAUAGUAAUUCAUUUAUUAGUGAGGUAUACUGUUUAAUAAAUUUUGUGCCAAAAUGCAUGGUUUCUCACUUAGCAUUCAAAAUGUUGUAUAAAGAGUAGUUUUCAAUUUCUUACGUGUUCUUCCAAGUAAACUGAAAAUGAGUUUUCACAUCUUACUUUGUUUCUUGUUAAAUCUGCUGCACCUCUCCAAGCUGUCUUUUUUCCCCAGCAGACCCUGCAUGCAGUUGUGUGAAGACUUUUCUCUAACAUUUGUAAAUUGUCUCAUCUGCAAUAACCACUGAACAUCAUCCCUCCUUGGGAUUCUUUAGAUUUUUGGUGAAGUAUUUUGUUACCUCAGUCUUGUAUCAAGUUGCUGUAUUUUUCAGCUUGUUACACUGAUAAUAAUUGUUUCACUAAUUAAAUACUUUAAUGUACAGACAUCUUUGUUUACUUUGAAAUUAAAUGUGUUUUCCAAUGAA